UAGGGAGGGAGGCAAGGGAGUAAGGGAGGGAGGUGCAUGGCCGCCACCAGAGGGCAGACGCCACUAUGGAGCAGCUGGAGAAGGCGGCGCAGAUCUUAAUGGCACCACCUGACCUGGUGACAUCAGAACAGCGUCAUGAGGCAGAGCAAGUGUUUCUCCAGCUACGCAACACCAAGAACCCCUUCAACUUGUGUCGGCAGCUGCUGGAGACCUCCCAGGACACGUACCUGUUGUUUGAGGCGGCCACUCUGCUGCGCGUGGGGGUCAUCCGGGAGUGGCGUGACCUGAGCAAGGAGGACAGCCUGCAGCUGCGCCAGUACAUCGUGCAUUAUGUGGUCAACAGACGCAACAUCCCCCACUAUGUCCGGGAGACCCUCGUUCAGGUGAUUGGCAUUAUGGUGAAGCGUGGCAGCGUGGAAGAUCAGGGGGAUGACCGUGGACGCCUGCUGACCGAGGUGGAGCAGCUGAUAUCCUCGGGUGACAACACAAUGAGAAUGAUCGGCUGCAGCAUCAUCAGCGCCCUCAUGCAGGAGUACGCCGUCACCGUCAAGUCCACAGAUGUUGGACUCACCUGGGAGACUCACUUCAAGGCCAAGAAGCAGUUUGAAGGCACAGACUUGCGGCGAAUAUUCCAUUUCAUCGUGAACCUGUUGGGGGAGGUGGUGAAAGUGGAGGGCAAGAUGAGCGAGGAGCUGUCCGCCCUCCUCCUCAAACUCCUGGUGAUAGCUGAGACAACCCUCACCUGGUCCUUCAUAUCCCUGCACUUGCCCAAGCGGCUGAUGAGUGUGUUUGAGCAGGACCAGAACCCGUCGCUGCGCCCUGGACAGCAGUGGCGGGAGACCUUCCUUGACCCGGCCAUCGUGCAGCUGUUCUUCAAGCUGUACUGGCGGGUGCGAGGAGACUGGGACCUGGGCCACCGCGCGCUGAACUGCCUGGUGCAGCUGGCGUCCCUCAACGGUGCCGUCCUCAUCAACAGACAGGUCCGCAUCAAGUACCUCUCACAGUACCUGGAAUGCCUCUUCUCGCUGCUCUCCAGCACGGACAUCUCUGAGGCUGAGGCGCUGGGGGUGAGCAACAUCUUCAGGAAGCUGCUGCUGUUCUUCCCGCCCUCGGUGCUUGUGGCGCUGCCUGAGGAGAUGCUGCGGCAGCUCGUGGACAACCUCACCGCCCUCACCUGCAAGUUUGCCCAGGGAGCCGCCCAUGAAGAGAUGCUGGACCAUGAGGACCAGCUGUACAUGGAGGCGUUUGAGCAGAUGCUGCAGUCGUGGGUGUGCAUCCUGCAGGAGAGUAGCAGUUGUAACAGUGCCCAGGUGAAGCAGAGUGCCACCCUCAUCUUCGACACCUACCUCAAGUGUCACCUGGCGCCCCCCGAGGGAUCCAGAGUGGCGGUGGAUGCCGAUGAAAUCUCGGAGACUGUACAGACGGAUCGUGUGGCCUUCAAGGAGCAGCUGGUCCUCAUCGGCCUGUGUGGGAGGCAGGCCCCCGAACACAGCGUGCCUCUGCUGACACAAUUGCUGGAGGACCGCAUCACCCGCAUGCGUGCACAGCUCACCCACAUCCACACCAACAACCUCACCAUUGCCCAGAACACACAGCUGGACCACCUCUAUGAAGACAUACACUGGCUGCUUCUCAUUGCUGGGCACGUCACAACCAUGGACAACGAGGGGGAGACGGCACUCAUCCCGUCCGAGAUGGUGAGCUACAGCGUAAGUGCCGCCCCGACCAUCAACCUGGAGGCCACCCUGAGGCUCCUGGCAGCUCCGGCACAGAUGCCCGCCGAGGUCCCCAACAGUGCUGCAUCAGACCCCGUUAUAAGGCUGAUGAGUAUGGUGAUACGGCUGUGUGAAACGGAAUCUCAAGCGCUCAAAGCCAAUCUGGGACACCUGCUCAGCCCGGAGGUGUCGUCGUCUCUCAUGUGGUUCCUCAGACGCUUCUGCCUCUCCUACCUGCUGCCUGAUGAGUCCUUCUACAGUGAGCUGAGUGUGGCCCUGACCUCGGCAUUUGGGCGGGACUCUGAGGGGGCAGCAUGGACCCUCAACUACCUGCUGUCCGUGGUGGAGCAGAUGUUGAGGCUGCGCAGUGCUGAGCCUGGCCUGGUGGAGGACACGGUGAACCUCCUCGUCACCAUGGUGGACAGCAAGGAGAGGGGCCAGUACCUAGUGAAGACAGAGGGCCUGAUGGAGCUGGUGGCCCUGCAGCAGAGUGGCACGCUGGGGGCACUCUCCUCCCUGGCACAGCGUGGACUCAUGCAGGGUCUGGUGAUGUGUGCAGCUGCUCUCGGAGACCCUGAUGCACGCACGCAGUUCUGGACACACGUGCUGGACCCUCCUGUCACCUCCUUCAAGCAGCUCAUGGCCUCAGAGACCUUCACCAAGCAGUACCAGCAGGAGGACAUGAAGAAGCAGGUCCUCUACCACAUCGACAACUUCAUUGGUGCAGUUCAGGGGUGCCUCAUGCCCACCGCCCAGUGUCUCUUCUCGUGGCUGGUGGGGGUGCUGGGGGACAGUGUGCGACUGCUGGACAUGUACCACAACUACCCCACAGUGGUGGAGACAGUGCUGGAGCUGUUUGUGGAGUGUGGCCGCCGCAUGUUGUGCUACCUUACACCGAGCGCCAGUAAGCAGCUUUACGAGGCGUCGGUGCACUUGGUGGGCACGUACGCCAAGCACAACAUUGGGCGCCGCACGCUGGAGGCCCGGGGAGAGGAGGACCAGUGGAGGGACCUGCAGCUGCUCAUGGAACUCCUCACCUCACUACUGUCCAAGGACUUCAUUGAUCUGGCGCCGUCAGGUCACGGGGAGGACCAGGAGGUGGUGGCCGCGGCGGAUGUGUGUCUCUUCGGCCUCAACAUCAUCAUGCCGCUCAUGUCUCGGGACUUGCUCAAGCUGCCCUCGCUGUGCUCCCAGUACUUCAAGAUGGUGACCUUCAUCGCCGAGAUCUACCCCAGCAAGGUGUGCAUGUUGCCUGAGGAGCUCAUGAAGAACCUCCUGGCAUCCAUUGAGCUGGGCCUCACCAGCUUUGGCGCUGAUGUAGGAACAUUGUCCUUUGACUUCUUGGUGGUCCUUGGCUCAUACAUCCACAAGAACUGUGGGCCAGAGUUGCCUGUGCGGCAGGGACUGCGGCCGUUCCUCAAGCUUGUACUGGAUUUGAUAUUGUCCCAGCAAAUCAAUUCUGACCUGCUCCAAGCAGCCUCAGCAGCACUCUACACACUCAUCUGCUGCUUCCAGGCAGAGUACCAAGAACUGGUCCAAACACUCCUGCACAGCCAGACGGACCCCACCACUGGGCAACGCCUGGCGGAGUCCUUCACGCAGCUCACCACCAACGUGGAGCUCACCGCAGACCGCAUCAACAGGAUCAAGUUCAGGGACAACUUUGAGAAAUUCAUUGCCAAUGUCAGAGGCUUUUUACUGGUCAAGUAAAUCCUUCGGUGAUAUGUACAUAUUUUUAAAGCAGACAAGCCCAUGACUAAUGUUCAGUAUAAAGUUUUAUAUCGUAAACUUUAUAGAAAAUUCUCUUUCUCUCUCUUUCUCCCUAUCUCUCUUCCUCUCUCUCUUUCAGUAUGUCUCCAACCUUUCAAAGUUUCCUAGUGCUGUGAUGUAUCACUUGUAAAAACUAAUGAUGAGCUUCACAAAUACUGGAUAUCACGUCUGUACAGCAGGUGGAGGCUGGGCGUUGCGGCUCCAGCCGGGGCGCCGGCAGGAGGCACUGGCAAGAUUCACACAAUUUAAUUAUUAGUAGAAUUUUUAUAUAAAAGACCUUGAAGCUUAAUUUAGGUUUUUUAGAGAAGUUGGUUCAGAUCCGAGGUCAGUGUGGCCUUCCUCAAGCUAAUUUCUUGUGUUGCGUCCACUGCAGGUUCCUAGAGGGUGAGAAGUUGCAUUGCAUUUUGUAGAGUCUUGGUGCAGUGAGGGGGUGGCCUCACACCUCAGUUAAGAUACUUUGAUCUCGUUUCUGUAGCUUAGCUGUAGCCGUUAGCCUGGAUUUUAGCAUUUCAUGGCCUUGAGGUGUCGCAGGCGUGGCCGGCUGGCAACGCUGCAUUGUCCGCCGGAGUGACUCGCCGGCGGUGCGGGACGGCAGCAUGAGUUACUUUUAAGUAGUGAACAGUCUUGCCUUCCUUUGCUUCCAAGGAAGUUAAUGAUGUUUUCUUACAUUUCCUAAAGUUUGUAUCCAUAACAAGCAACUAUAGUCCUCUCCCAGUGGACCUGGGACAGCCGAGGCCUGGAGCACUGCCGGCUGGGACAGAGGAGUGUGCCGAGCCGUGCCGCAGAGUGAUGCAUUAGGGGUGUGAGUUGUGUGGGAGGAACACACAGCAGCCUUGGGAUGCCACCAAGUGUUAGCCUGACUUGUUGCUUUAGGACCAGGACUCCAACCAACCAAUGGCUGUGUUAUUAUUCAAAACUAUCGCACUAAGUCCAUUAUUCAUUUUUCAUAAUUAUAUCUUAACUGCACAUGUUUUUCAUCUCUCAUAGAUAGUGAUAAGCCAGUAUGUAGUUGUCAUGUCAGCUUUGUACAUAUAUUAUUUAAGACACAGGUAUCGUACUCCAGUAAGGCAUCAUAAUGAAUGUUACGUGUAAGUUCUGUCUUGGUAGUUCCCGGAGCAGGAACCUGUGACUGGUGCUGCCUUCUGGUUCCAGCUACACCUACAGAAAGAGCAUAAUUAAUAAAUUUUCACUUUUUUACUAUAAUAUUUGACAAAUAUUGUAUUGUCACUGGAUAUGAAAUUGUGCAAUUUGUUGUGUCGACAAUUCAGUUUUGGAACAGCUGCUGUGGCUGAGCUACACCACCACAACAGCAGCUUGUGGUCCAUGUCACUGCUGUGGCAGAAAACUUGGUCUGCCAACAAGUGCUUCAGUUUAUGAUGAUGCAUAAUUUUGGAGUGCCUCUGCUAAAGUGUCUAAGGCUCAUGAAUUUGUCAUUCAUUGACUAAAAGCAUUGGCUUCAUGCAUAUAUUUUGGAAAGUAAUUUGUCUACAGGAAACAAUGUUUAGAGUUAAACAGAUGGCCCUGUUACAAAGGAUGCUGAUCAAGCUAAGAUUUUAGCAUGAUCUAACCUGACCUGACUAAGCAUCCAACACCCAUUAGUGCAGCAACUCCUUGAGAAUCUUCUUGUCUCCUUCUUUAGCACAUCCUUGCUUCCUUCACACACGCUGAUGACCCAUCACAUGCUUCACACCUAGAAAGAAUUCAUUCACUUCCCACCACCACCAUCAUCACCACAAACAACCAUCUCCAUGUCACUGCCUCCACUGCAUUUGAACCUUAGUGUAGGUGUCAGUAACACAAACUUUCCGUGUGUGUGUGUCUGGUGGACUCUGUCGUUAAGGGUCGUGGAUGAUAUUCCCUGGCAGGGAUUGUAGAUGUUCUUGAUGAGUUAGUCUUGAAACAGGUUAUGCUGUUUAUGUUGCUGCUUGGCAGUGUCUCAGUGAACAUUAAGAAAAAUUAUUAAUAUUGAUAUUCAUGGUUUGGUUAUGAGUUUUUUGUUGUGUUUGUUUUCUUGUUACUUUGUUUCCUUGACUUCAACCAAAGAUAUUUUAUCUUCCCUUUGUAUUGUAUUAUCAGAUAUGAAAUUGGCAUUGUUUAUAUACUUUUGAUUAUUUUGUUUUUAAUAUCAGCUGGUACUAGCUUACCACAGCAAUGUUUUAAGGAUCUGACUUGCAGCCUUGUUGUGCUGUAGGUGGUUUCAAUUUACUCAUUUUAUUUUUCAUGUGUGUGACAUAAGUCUCCAGACAAUGUUUAUGAGUACUGAAACAGUCUGGCUUUUUAAACCUGCUGUUCCCUAAAUCUCUCUUGUUGCAUCCAAACAUUGGUUGUUGGCAUGUUGCCAGUCUGGUGGUAGUUAAGAUGAGGAAAGUGCCAAGUGACUGGUGCAUAGUGGGAGUGUCUGGACAACAGAAGUGCAAGCUGGACCUGUGACAACUACACAACCUCUGUAUCAAGCCCGCAGGGACUGUCCUGCCAGAACAAACACGACAUGCAAUGCAUUUUCAGAAAGACAGACGCCCUGUCGAGGGUAGUGGGCAGCACCACCCACAGGAUGACAAGCCAGUCAAGAAAGGAAAAUGUUGCUUAAUUCUUUGCCCAAAAAUUAGGUUGAUAAUUACUCAUGUCUAGCCAAUAAGUUGAUAUUAAUACACUUUUCUAAUGAGGCCUCGGAAGAGACUUGGUAGUGUGUCUGUACAGUGUUGGGUCUCCCCCGGGACCCACUUCACUCCCACACACAAAAGCUUUAUAUAAUUUUAAAACAAACUCUUGACUUUGAAAUGUAAGGAUAGUUUUAAUUAUUGUCACAAAUUGGUUGCAUCCGUCACGAAUAGAAGUGAAUGUCAACUUACUAGUUAAUCUUGUUGUUAGUUGUGGUCGGCCUGAUUCAGUAGUGCUUCAGACAAGCCUCACUGUACAGCAACUCAAGAUUCAUAUCACAUUGUAUAUUUAAAUUUCUACGCUAGUGUUUGCAGCUUCUCCAUUGUAGGUUGAUGUGUUGGUGUACACAAGGUAGAAAACCAUUUUCAUUGUAUGAUGAACUACUGAAGGUAAAGAACUUUAUUUUUUUAUUUUAAGUUCAGUUUUAUAUUAAUUGUGUGUCUGUUGAAGGAGUAACAGUAUUAGAUUAGUCUGUAACGAGGUGCUUGUGUUUAAAUCAGUAACUUUGUAUACAGAUGAGUCCAUGGUAGCCUUCUCUGACCAUGCUUGAGGAGUACAGGCAAGGACCGCUGGUGAGGCGCAAGUGGCCUCUCCCCGCGGGGAGCCGGGCCCGUCCCCACGCAACAACGCACUUUAUCUGGUUGUGACAAUCCAUAAUACCGUCCUUCCUUCUGUGUCUCACCUCCCCUUGCAUUAACCAGUAAGCUAAGAUGUGGCUUUCUGUGUAAACUUUGCUGCUGUGUGCUGGACGUCUUCAUAAGACAAGCUGGAAUAAGAGGGGCAUUAGGUGCGUCACGUUUUAAUGUUAUGUUCUGUUGCUUUUGACGCCGAGGUAGCUCCUUUCAGUGAAAAUUAUUACAUAUUUAUAUAUUUAUUAAUUUAUUAUUUUUGUUUUGUCAACCUAUCUUUAGGUUGUAGCGGAGCAGAGCCAGAAGUCUGGCCCGAAAAUAGCGUCACUGGAAUUGUUUCCCAGGUAACAUUUAAAAGUAUUUGGUCAAAUGUAAAAUUGCAUGCAUGUGUGGAAGUGCGCGUGUAUGGGCGUGUGUGGGUGUCAGGUGGUCCUCCCAGGCACUGUGGGAGACAGCGCUGGUGACAAAUAUUCCUGAGUGCUGUAAGUACAACUAUCUCUUAAUAGAGCUUAUGAAACCUGU